AUGCCCGGCCUCACACGCCCUCCGGACACUGUCAGUCACCACUCCACUCCCACGGAAGCGGUCAGGUCCCAAACCCUGACGCCGCCCGUGCUGAAGGACGAGGAGCAGGCAGUCCCCUGCGCGGGCGGAGGCGAGGACGCAGGCGCGCAGAGAAUCGAGGGGGAUGGACACGCUUCCGCCAAGGAUUUCCAGGUGUCACACUGCCGGGGACGCCGCCUCGGCGUCCGCCGCGCACCAGGGAAGGCGGAGCGCAGCUUCCCGCCCGCGGCCCGACACCCGACACCGUCAUCAGGAAGCACCACCGACUCCCAGAGCCGCCGAGCGCGGCCUUCCCUGCGGCCACGGCCUCGUCCACGGCCCUCUGACCUGCGGGAAGCACCACUGCGAGUCCCGCCGCCGGCCGGGCAGCCGCCGCCUCCCGCUCCUGCGGGCGCAGCGCGCGCGUCGGAGCAGGCCCGCGCUCGGCGCCCCCAGCCCCUUGCCCGCCCCGCGCCCCUCGCCCCCCGCGGGCCCCUCACCUGCCAUGGCGGGCGGGCGCCGAGGCGGCGGCGGGAGAAGGAAGCGGCCGCCGCGCCGCCACCGCGAACACCUCAGCCAAGCAGCCGCCGCGGGAUUACCUCUUCCUUUUCAAAAUGGCGCCCAGCGCUCGGCACCCCGCGCAAUGACGUCAUCCCCCUCCGCCACUUCCGCCGCCGGGGCGGGGGCGGGGCCUCCGGGAAGCCUCCUGCGCCGAGAGGGGCGGGGCGAAGGCCCGGGGAGAGGGGGCGGGACUGCGCGGACGCGCCGACUGAGCCUGCGCAAGCCGCGCUGCGCCCCGCCCCCCCGGGGAGGGAGGCUUCGUGGCCGCCAGGCGUCCGAGGACCGGUGGCUGUGGGUGAGCCGGGGCUUGGCGCUGCCCUGAAGAUCUGUUGGGGGCCCGGCCGCCUCUCUGCGCAGUUUUGGAGGGCGCCAGCCGACCCCGAACCCCAGCCCGCGGGUCCCCCGCGGCUUCGGCUAAUGAGCUCGCGGUCCUCUGGUGGAGCAGCCAAUGGAACCUCAGACCAACUCACCGCCCUGGGGUCCCUGGCCAGGGGCCAUGAGCCUUCUGGAACCCUCUCGGGUCCCCAGCCUGAUCAGAACACCCUCAGAACACAUCAGGUCUCCACACGAGCUCCGGUUAUAGCAGCCUGGAAGGUCUCCCAUCAUCGGGCUGGAGGACUGCAGUGGCAUCGACCGCCUGCGUCUCGUGGCCCUGGGCCCCCCCUCCUCGGGAAGGGAGCCGCGCCGACGCUCUCGUCAAAACAGACUCCGAUGUUCCUGCGCCCACUGGGCCGCUGGCUUGUGGUUGGUGGUGUUUCUGUGAGGCAACUCUUUGCCCUGCGCGUCCUCUGAAACCUGUCCUGGCAAAAAGUCCUGUUCUAGAGUCAGCACCUGCUUCUCCCGAGAAGUUGCACGGGGUUGAAAGGUGGGCCCUCACAUCCUACCCCAGGGCGGUCCCUUGGUUUAGGGACCAGAAGCUGAGUCCCUGAAGGCAGUGACUCCAGCCUGCAGUGGCCUCAGAGGACAGAGCCUAGCAGGCCAGCAGGGUCCUUGCUUCAUGCCCUGGCCUUGCCCUCCUCAGCCCCCGAGGCAGGGUGAGGCUGCCUGCAGGUGAAGGCUGUGUGGGGGGGGUUGUUAGAAGUUUCUCAUUUCUUUGGGGCCUUUGCAUUUUCAGGAUAGCCACUCCGGCAGCAGGGAGCCAGGUGCUGGGGCCAGGCCAGCAGGACUGGAGGUGGCUGUCCCUCCAGGUCGUGACCACAGUGGCACAGGGAUGGCUCUUCCUUUGGGGUCUGUGCUCUCUCUUGAUUUUUUUUUUCUUUUCAAAGAGUUUGUUUUGCAGAAUCUGUGUGGAAGGCUCUGCGGCCAUCCACGAUGGCAGAGCCAUGCUGUGCAAGGGAUGUGCUGCAAUGCCUGUCGUCUGUUCAUUACUUUUCUUUGUUUUUAUCUUUUUAGGGCGGCUUCUGCAGCAUAUGGAGGCUCCCAGGCUAGGGGUGGAAUCAGAGCUGUGGCUGCCGGCCUGCACCACAGCCACAGCAACGCUGAGUGAGGCCAGGGAUUGAACCCGUGUCCUCUUGGAUACUAGUCAGGUUCAUUUUGGCUGAGCCACGACAGGAACUGCCAUCCUUUCAUUUCUGCUUUGCUGUCCUUCCUGGGAGUGUCUGAGGGGCCCCCGAUGGGGAAGCGGCAGGCAGCGUGGGGCAGGUCCUGACUUGGGUCUUGGGGGUGAGGGGAGCUGCCUUGUGGGGUGGAGGGAGCACAGCCCCCCUCCCUGGCGGGGGAGGCUCUUUCCCCCCAGGUUGGGCGUCUCUUGUGGAGGAUCACGUCAGCCACUUCAUGGCUCUUAUUUUUGAACCCGAUAUAGAAAAGAAGGAAAAACACUUGCUCGUUGUAAGCAUUUUUUUUUCCUAAAGAAAUAAUUCACAGGUGGGGAUACCUUUCUUUCAAAAACGAAAGCAUUAGCUUCAUGACACUCCACAGAGAGGUUUGUUCUCUAGCGUGUACAAAUUAAGGCGGCCGAGAGCAGGGUGGCGCCCCCAGGACAGCAAAAGCAUCCCAAUCAAAGGCGCCCAGUUCAGAAUCUCCUGUAAUCUCCCUUCUCUGGGAGCCGAUUUGAAUUUUAAAUUACGCACAAUACAUGUCACAUCUUCCCCAUUUAUCGUAGUGACUUAGGAAUUCUGCGUGUUGGGGAUCUUUGUUCUUCAAAGGCUCCUCCACAGUCUGAGUCUUCUCUCCGGGGGCAGCCUGACCGAGCAGGGGACCUCAGAGCCAGCGAAGGGCCGCCGAGGCACCUGCGCUCCAGAGCCCGCUCGGACCUGCCCUCUGUUCUGAUGAGCUUUGCUUUCAGCCCGCGGCCAGCGUGGCUUCUGAGAGGUGCCCCGGUGGGGCGCAAAGCCCCCUGCAGCAGAGCGGCUCACUCUCGGGGCAGCCCCGGGUCUGGCGCCCCCAAGGUCAGAUUCCGGGACCAGCUUGAAACACAAAGAGCCGGCCUUUCCCGCCGCUCAGUCCGAGCCCUGAAAGGCCCCCGCUCCCCCGCCCCCGCGUGGUCCUGACCUUGGAGGGGCGGCGGUCGCAGCAGCCCCUGGGCGCGGUUGGCGGGACGUGGGCCCCAGCCAGCCCCGUUGGGGUGGGAGCGUGGUGACCGGACGGCUCGCCCGGGGCGGGUGCCGCACGCCCCUCCCAAAUGCCGCCCGGCGCCCCCACCUCCCAUCCGCCCCCGAUGAGUUUGUCUUCACCUGGCGGCAGGAGCAGCCUUCCCGCUCUGCCACGAGGGGUCGUGAGGUCGCAGAGAAAGGCCGCUGCGACCUGUCACCUGUGUGUGAAGGUGAGCUCCCGUUAUCGCUGAGCUUUAGAGGCGGGGAGGCAGGUCACAGCCCCCAGCCCUCGCUGCCCAAGUGGAAGCAAGGGUGGGGGACACGCGGGAGCGCCUCCGGCUGCCGCCCCCAUCCCCGCGCCGGGGUGGACGCGGGCCCUCCCCGCCUUUUCGCGUCCGCCUGCUGCCCUCUGCUGGCCGCGCGGGGGGAUGCGGGAGGGCGCUGCCGGGGCAGGCGGGGGUGGGCGCUCCCGGAUGCGGUCCCCUGGCCCACGAAAGCAUCUUGGAAAUAAACGGGGGCCCUCAGGACGCUGGCGCGGGGGUCACGCGGGAGGCCGAGGGUGCUGGCUGGGUGAGCCGCGUGGAGGGGCAGCAGCAAAUGCAGAGCCUUUGUGUUCGCGUCCCGCGGGGAGGGGACCACUGGGCUGCACAUUAAGGACGGAGUGGCCCUGGUGGCUGAGGACCACGCCCGACCUGGGGGUGGACAGUUCAACUGGCACCUCUGACAGCCGACCUUUGCCCACGGUCACAGCCAGGCAGAAACAGGACUUCCUCCCUCAUGGUCUCUGUGUCCAGGGCUGUAGCUGGCCCGGGCGAGGCAGGUCUGGCCCUCGGGUCACUGGUCUCAAGGGUCUGGCUCUUGAAAUACGGCCUCUGCUCGGAGAGGCACCGCAGCUCCACGGCCAGGGUCUUGUCGUGUUUGUGAGUUUGAUGUGCUGAUGAACGUGCCAAAUAAACCCCAGGAGGAAACACAUCCUCUGAUUGACUUUUACUUGAAUUUGAAAAAUCAAGUCCAGACGCCAAGAGGAGAAGGUGUGAGCUGCCCUCCCUGUGGGCAAGACAGUGAGAGGCUCAGGCUGAGGGCAGAGUGGAGCCAAGCCCAGUUCCUGGCAGGUGCCACCUGUGCUGCCUCAGGACCCAGGCCAACCAUGGCUGGGAAUGACCCAGCCUCUGCGCCCCCCCCCCCCCCCCCGGU